AUGUCGACCACAAGGAGCUUGGUAAGUGGAUGUCCCGAUGGCGACGUGACGUCAGACCGGCCCUGGGCCAUCAGUGGGAGCAUGGCAAACUUUUCCAGAUCGACGCUGUACGACGGCCUCCAGAGGGUCAUUGUCGAGCUCGAUGGCGUGCAAGAGGAGGUCCUGGUCGACGAUGAGCUGGGCCCAGUGCUGGACCAGCCCAACGGAGGCCGACUGUGGGCUCGGAUGAACUACACCCAAGCUGACAAGAGCGGCUUUCACACCGACCGGGCUGAGAAGACCUGGCCAUACCUCACGUCCACAGAGCGCACGGCGGCAGCCUCAGUCGUACAAUUCGUGGCGAUGCCCGUGCCCCGGCCUCGGAGUUGGUUGAGCUGGUCGAUCCUGCUCUGGGCAACCCUCGGCGUGGCACAAGACACGGAGUUUCCAGAAGAGGACGGCGUUCUUGUGCUUACAGAGAAGAAUUUCCGGGCAGCGCUGGACAAGUACAACUACAUUCUCGUGGAGUUCUACGCACCCUGGUGUGGGCACUGCAAGCAGUUUGCGCCAGAGUAUGCCGAGGCAGCACAGCAGAUGAAGCAGGCCAGCCAGCCAAUCCCACUUGCGAAAGUGGAUGCAACAGCUGAGCUGAAGCUGGCCGAGGAGUACGGCGUCAGAGGUUACCCCACCAUUCGGCUCUUCAUCGCAGGUCGUGACCAGGAGUAUACUGGUGGUCGGACGGCGCAGAGUGUCGUAACCUGGCUGCUCAAGAAGGCCGGGCCGCCUGCCAUCGAGCUCCAGACAGUGGAGGCAGCAGAGGCCUUCGAGAAGGAGAAUCGGCUGGCAGUUUUCUGCUUCUGCGAGCAGGCAGUGCGGGAAGCGUUCGAGAAGGCCGCCAGGCAGAUCGAGGACGUGAUGUUUGCGUACAGCACUGCCCCUGCUCUUGCCAGCAAGUACCAGGUGAACAUGCCCACAAUCAAGAUGAUCUUCCCGCAUGACGAACAGUCGGCCACCUUCUCGGGCGACUUGGGCAGUGCGGAGGAAAUCGAGACCUUCGUCAAGAACUACCGGCAUCCCAUGAUCACAGACUUCACUGGAGAAACGGCCGCAGACCUCUUCGGAGACGGACGGCCGAUCCUGUUCUUAUUUCGAGACAAGGAUGACAAAGGCACAGCUGCAGAGAAGGCCCUUCAAGCCGCGGCCCCGCGUUUCCAGCGCAGACUGUUGCUGUCCGUCGCCGGCUCUAGUGAGCCAAUGGACCAGCGGCUGAUGGACUAUGUUAGUGUCGAGGCAGAGGAGCUCCCGACAGCGCGGCUUGUCACCGAGCCCCAGGGCACGAUGUCGAAGUACCGACUCGAAGAUGCCGUGUCGGAGACCUCGCUGAUGUCCUUCGUGGCCGACUUCGAAGCCGGGCGAUUGAGCAAGUACUUGCAGUCCGAGCCAGUGCCCAGCAGCCAGAAGGGCCCAGUCUACACUCUCGUGGGCUCGACCUUCGAGUCGAUAGUGAAAGAUCCCGCAAAGGAUGUCCUGGUGAAGUUCUACGCGCCAUGGUGUGGCCACUGCAAGAAGCUAGAGCCAGUUUACAACGCAGUGGCGAAAAAGCUGGAAAGCGUGCCAACCAUAACGAUUGCCAAAAUUGAUGCCACGGCCAAUGACGUCAAUGGGGUUGACAUCGAAGGGUUCCCAACCAUCAAGUUUUGGCGUGCCGACAAUAAGGAACAGCCGAUUGACUAUGAUGGUGACAGGGACAUUGACUCGUUCCUGUCCUGGCUGGACGAGAAAGCUGCUCGACCGUUCGGACGCAGCGAGCUGUGA